UCUACAUUUCUAUGCAAAAUCGAGCACUUAAUAUACCGCUACACUAACGUUUGUCACAUCUUGAGAGCAAUUUGACGGGAAUUAGAGCAUAAUAAUGCACCCCGCGCGCGUGCGGAUCCCGUCAGUGCCUUGACAGCCGCAUAAAGAGCCGCGUGUGACAUUAUAAUACUGGCAGGAGACAUGACUCUGGGAGAUAUGCUGUCACAUAUGGGAGUCGGGACAAAACAUCUCAGUGAGAGGUAUUCCGAUUACGCGCAGCCUUCCCAUGACCAGCACGUAUUCUACGGGUACGAACAUUCGCAGCCAUCGCACGGACAUGUCGCUUAUUCCAAACACGGUCACGGCGGUAUUCACAAGAGCAAUGCAGCUAUGUCAGCUCUGACUCUGCUAGCGUUUCUGUUCUUUUUGCACAUCCUUCAGCAAUGCCUGAGGGAUCACAUGACCGCCAUGCAACAACCGCAACUCAUGGUAAUGACAGGCGGCCGCAUAGGAGAAGAAAACAUCUCCAAAAGAGCGGAUGUUAAAAAAGUCGACAAAAGCGGUGACAUUUCAACGAAUGACAAGAAGCAGGAUCAAACGGACCACAACGGAAAUGAUAAAAAUACUUUCUACGACGAUGAAACGUUCGAAGAUAAAUAUUUAAUGAAAGUAAUCACGUCAGAUAAAACGCCGAAAACGGGAACGCAAAAAUAUAAAUAUAAUUUUAAAAGUUAUAGCAAUCGAAGUUCCGGGUUUCCACAAUUUGUCAGUGGCUCCAACGACUAUCAUUGA